AUGGGGGAUCCCCACUACCGCACCUUUGACGGCCGAUUCUAUGACUUCAUGGGCACGUGCACGUACGUCUUUGCCAAGAGAUGUGCGGUGGAAGACGUGCUGCCAGACUUCGAGGUCCUGUCCCAGAAUGAGAACAGGGGCAGUCUCAGGGUGUCGUAUGUGGGCGUGGUUACGGUGAAGGUUUACGGCCUCACCAUCACAGUGAUGCGGACUGAGACUGGCCGUGUCAGGAUUGACUAUGUUCUGUGGAAUCUGCCCGUGGUUCUGAACGAGGGAAAGGUGGUCCUGUCCCAGAUGGGUCGCUUUGCGGUCAUUCAGACCGACUUUGGCCUGACCGUGAAGUAUGACUGGGAACAUCAUCUUGUGGUUUCCCUGCCCGCCAGCUACGCUGGCAAGACCUGCGGCCUGUGCGGCAACUUCAACGGGAACCCCAACGACGACUACUCCACGCCAUUGGGCACGCAGGCGCGUGGGGUGCCGGCGUUCGGGAGCAGCUGGAAGGUUGCAGGCCUGGUGAAGGACGCGCUGUGCACAGACGAGUGCGUGGGAGGCUGCGAUCGCUGUGAGAGCAACCAGAUGAAGCUAAUUGAGGGCGAGCUGUACUGCAGUCUGAUCGGCCUAGUGGCCAAAGGCCCAUUUAGCAGCUGCAAUUCUGUCGUCCCCCCACAAGCCUACCUGGACAACUGCAAGUUUGACUUGUGUAUGGGAGGAGGCCUCAGGACCUUCCUAUGUCGGGCUCUCGAGACCUACACCGAGGCCUGCCAGAAGGCUGGCGUCCAGGUCCAGGACUGGAGAGCCCUCGCACGUUGUCGUGAGUAA